AUGAGAUUGAAAGGGACGUAUAAUAUGCCCGUAUCGCGUCCUGUCUUUCUCACACUGAUUGGAACUCUGCUGGGUCUAUCUCUGACCUACUGUGUGUCGUCUGUGGCUCGACUUCAAAAGCGAUCCACUUCACCAGAAUGCGAACAACUGUCGACAAGCUUGCAGCAGCGAACAGGCUUGAUUCUUAUGGGUAUCAUGCCGGCGGCGAAGUACGUCGAUACACGAGCCUAUAAUGUCUGGAAAACAUGGGCGAAACACGUUCCAGGCAAAGUACUGUUUUUCGUGGCGGAGCAUACAGAAUCCAUCCACCCGGAUUUGCCGCUUAUACGUCUGAAAGGUGUCGACGAUACGUAUCCACCGCAGAAGAAAAGCUUUGCGAUGGUUAAGUGGAUGGCAGAGAAUUAUUUGGACGAGUUCGAUUGGUUUUUGCGAGCUGAUGACGAUUUGUACGUAAGAGGUAGUGAGUUGGAGAAGUUCUUACGCUCGUUGGACUCAUCCAGAGCUCAUGCCAUUGGUCAAGCGGGUCUGGGAAAUAGUGCAGAGUACGGACUGUUGGCGCUGGGCUCCACUGACAACUACUGUAUGGGUGGUCCAGGAGUGGUGAUGAGCAGGGAGACGUUGAGAUUGCUGUCUCCACAUCUGGAGUCUUGUCUGCAGCAUUUGCUAACGACGCAUGAAGACGUUGAACUUGGGAGAUGCAUUCGACGGCACGUGGGAGUGGCCUGCACGUGGAACUAUGAGAUGCAGAAGUUGUUUCAUAACAACCAGACCACUUCAAGGGCGUACACAGGUGAUUUAUCGGAGGUCAGGGCCGCCAUAACAGUACAUCCCAUCAAAGAUCCAGCAGUAAUGCGUCGCGUUCAUGCACAUGAUCGUGCAUUUCAUCUUCAAGCGUUACGAGCACGACGAGUGUCCUUGCAUACGGAACGCAGUGAUGUGCAACAGCCUACGCUGAUACGGAUCAUGCCGAACAGCUCCCGAGAUCUGACGCCAUGGGACUAUAUCAACAACAACAAGAUCUUGUUCUGUGCAGAUCGAGUGAACUGCCCACGGCAUACGGUAGACUUGAGCAUAAGGACGGAAAUGGGUGACAUUGUGACUCAGUUAUUCGAAGAGUUCAAUUCGAAUGCACGUCAAAGGGGGAGAGUUCUGCAAUUCCAAAGUCUACAGUAUGGCUACAUGAGGGUUGAACCUCGCUACGGAGUCGACUACGUCUUGGAUAUGAUUCUAUGGUUUAAAAAGUUCCGACCGCCACAUCGAACCACAUUGUCUGUACGGCGUCAUGCUUACGUACAGCAGGUGUUCGCUCCGCUGCAGGCAUUGUCUGAAAGGAAUUUAAGGUCAAAUCUCCGGAGAGGCAGCAAUUUCACUGGAGAGAAUGCUCACUUACACAUGAUUUUGCCGUUGAAAGGACGCGCCGCUAUAUUUGCAAGGUUCGCGGGCCAUCUAAAAAAUGUGUGCGCAAGAGCCGGCGAUAUUUCUUUGGUGGUUGUUCUGUACGCGAGCGAGGACGAACGAGAGAAUCGUGCGACUAUCGAAGAAUUACGUCAAAGUUUCGUACGAGUAGAAGUCAUCGAAAUGGACGAUGCACCAUUCAGUAGGGGAAUAGCGCUGAUGAAGGGUGCCGAUCGGGUUCCAGCCGAUGGACUGAUGUUCUUCACUGAUGUCGACAUGCUGUUCACUUGUGAUGCAUUGAAUCGAGUCAGACUGAACACUAUUCUCAAUGCUCAAGUUUAUUUUCCGAUCGUGUUCUCGGAAUUCUCUCCCGAAAGUUGGUCUGAGAAUGAUCGCCUCUUAGCGGAUGCAUUCCACUACGGUAGAAGAAGAGGAUAUUUCAGGCAUUUUGGUUAUGGGCUAGCCGCCCUGUAUAAGGCGGAUCUCAUUGCGAUUGGUGGGUUCGACACGAAAAUUGAAGGAUGGGGUUUGGAAGACGUCGAUCUGUUCGAGAAGGUAGUGAAAUCACGCACGCUUCGAGUAAUCCGAUCUCCUGAGCCAGGCUUAGUUCACAUCUACCAUCCGAUUCACUGUCCUGAAACAAUGCCACAAGCACAACGACACAUGUGUCACGGCUCAAAAGCGGCUAGUUUAGCAUCAAUAGAUGCGCUAGUAGAUCAGAUUUCGCAUUAUACGUAA